AUGACGGUCGAAACAUCGAAAGUGUCGUCGCUGCAUCCCGCAUUCUUCAUAGCACUAUGGAUCGGCAUGAGCUCUCUCGUCAUCUUGUUCAACAAAUGGAUUCUGGAUAGCGCCAAGUUCAGAUAUCCCAUCUUUCUCACAUCAUGGCACAUGUUUUCGUCGGCUGUGGUGACACAAAUCAUGGCCCGCUAUACAGGAUACCUUGACUCGCGCCAUACAGUCCCCAUGACACAACGAACAUACAUCCGCGCCAUUCUCCCUAUCGGCCUUCUAUUCUCUCUUUCUCUGGUCUGCGGCAACGUUACAUAUCUCUACCUCAAUGUCAGCUUUGUCCAGAUGCUCAAGGCUGCAGCCCCUAUUGCUGUUCUGCUCGCAACCUGGGUGUUCCGUCUCUCUGAGCCAUCUCUCGCUGCUCUCGGCAACAUUUGCAUCAUCGUGGUCGGCGUGAUCAUUGCAUCUCUCGGCGAAGUCAAGUUCAAUGGUCUGGGCGUCGCAUACCAACUCAUGGGCAUUGUGUUCGAAGCCACCAGACUGGUCAUGAUUCAGAGAUUGCUCUCUGCCGAGUUCAAGAUGGACCCCCUCGUCUCGCUCUACUACUUCGCACCUGUUUGCGCAAUCACCAAUGGUGUGCUUGCGCUUGUCUUCGAGGCACCACACAUGACUUGGGCAGACUUUGAGCGCGUGGGUUUGAUCACUCUCGGUCUCAACGCAGCAGCGGCAUUCCUCUUGAACUUUGCCUCGUUACUCUUGAUUGGCAAAACAUCUUCCCUCGUCCUCACACUCUCCGGCGUAUUCAAGAACAUCAUGAUCGUCUUUGCAUCUAUGCUCUUCUUCCACGACCCCGUAUCCGGCAUCCAGUUCUUCGGCUUCUCGGUCGCACUCGGCGGACUCGCAUACUACCAAUUAGGAGGCGCACCUGCAGUCCGCGUCUUCUACGGACAAGCAGUGACCAAAUUCUCGGACUACAGGAGACCGAGUGAGGCAGAUCCUAUCUCUGCUGUCGAGGCUCAACAGGUCACAGUGACACCGAAGAGCGAGGAUGAGCCCAAGAGUCCUGGGUUUAAGAGCGCUUGA